AUUCGCACAAUACACCAGCGACGAAAAAAACGGAGGACAGGGAACCCGGGAUGGCGAUGGCCCAGGCGGCUACAAAAUGGCCCGCCGGCUUUUCUUGCCGCUGCCCGCUCUAUCCAAAUUGCCCCUCGUCGAUGCCGCCUCACAAGAUCUCGUCAACGGACAGCCUCGAGACUCGGGUUGAAAAGACCCUGGUCAUCGAGGACGCUACUGAUGCUAUCAAGAAGCUCGGAGCUGGUCCUCAGCCGCCAAGCACCGACCAGCUCGACUAUGAGAAGGGCACUUCGACCAUCGCCUGGGUGCUCAAGAUGCUGUUGCGGUUCAAGAGCGCCAAGGAUCUUGUGUCGACCCGCCUGUCCCUUCCAACCAAUCUACUGCACCCCACGUCGCAGCUGGAGUUCUGGAAUUACAACGAUCGCCCAGAUCUCAUGGCAAGCCUCAGCGAUCCAGAGGACAGCCUGGACCGAUUCCUGGGUGUUGUUCGAUGGUGGUAUUCCAAAGACACAAAGUGGAAGACCAAUACGAUGUGCAAGCCCUUCAAUCCGAUUCUCGGCGAGCGCUUCCUGUGUGAAUGGAGGACUCUGGUCGCCCAGCCCCCAGGCCACAACGGCGUCGUGGAGCCCAAACACGUAACGGUGCAGGGAAUUCAGGAGCAGAUCUCCCACCAUCCCCCUGUGUGCGCGUAUUAUUACGAUUGCCCAGAGAAGGGCGUGGUCAUACGAGGGCUCGAUCAAAUCAUGGCUCGGUUCACCGGCACUCAGCUCAAAGUUGGACCCGGUGAAUGCAACCACGGCAUCUAUGUGACGCUGACCAAGCGAGACGAGGAGUAUCUGCUGACUCACCCGUGGGCCUCGGUGGCGGGGUUCAUUACGGGCUCGCUAUACAUCACCGUUUCGGAAACGACCGUGAUCGUGUGCCCCAAAACGGGGCUCAAGGCCGUACUAGAGUACAAGCCCGAGCCCUUUUUUGGACGCCCCAAGUUUGCGAUUGAGGGCAAGAUCUUCCGGCACGACUACAAGGCGGACGAGGGCCUGACAGAGAAAGAGCGAAAAGAAAGUGAGAAGCUUGCGAAAAUCCCCGAAUCACUGGUCCUGGCUACGGUGUCGGGACAGUGGAACGGAAGAGUCUACUUCCGAAAGACCGGCGAGGAUCACGACACCCUGCUCUUCGACAUGACCGAGUCCGAAGUGGCCAGGAAGAUUGUCAAGCCUAUUGGCGAUCAGGACCCGCUUGAAUCGCAGCGAGUUUGGGGAGGCGUUACGAGUGCCAUGCUGGAGGAGGACUUCCAGACGGCGACGAAACUGAAGCGCCAGCUCGAAGAUGAACAACGUGCACUGAGCCGCGGGCGCAACGAGCCCUUUGUCUCCAGCUAUUUUCGGUUUGAGCUACCGCCGUUGGAGCCUGCAACCCCAGAGUCGAUUCGGUCGAUGGAGGGCGGCAAACCCUAUCUCAAGUAGACGAUGGAAGCAGCUGUGGUGAUUUCAAAACAGGACACACCGCACUUGAAAUAAACAGAACACCGCUUUUUGCUUGGCUGGUCAGCUUUCUCUCUCCCUCCCUUCUUUUCCUUUCUUUUCGCCAUGAAUACACACCCAUCCGCCCCU